CCCUAUUACCCCAGCCCAUCGGUCUGCAUCUCGCCCUGUUUGUCUGCAACACAGCACGCAGCGCGCAGCCGGGUUUGCUGUCUCCAGUCGAAGGAGCUCCAGCAAGACCCGCCGCCCACCUCCUUCGCUCCACGCAACCACCAGCACCGACCGACCGGGCCCCCAAGAAUGGCCACGCCACCGAACCAGAGCGGCGAGGCCGCUGCACCACCCUUGCCCUCGCACCCCUCGCUCGGAAUCCCGCAAAAAUCUCCUUCGCCAGUUCCCACCAUGGCCGCCACACCACCAGCCCUCCGUCCAGCCAUGGCCGGCGGCGCUCGUUCUGGCGGCCGUGCCCCCCGCCUGGGGCUCGCCAUUCCUCCGUCUCCCAAUGUCCAGCCCGUCGGAAACCAAGGGGCUGCUCCCCCGCGUCCAGCACUGCCCACGCUCCACCUCGCGACGCCGAUGGGCAGCACCACGGUGCCGCAGGAACAGCCACACAAGCCCCUGAGCCUGCAGAGUGCUAGCGGCGGCAGCGAAAGCAGCGCUGCCCAUAGCAGAAGCGGGAGCUUUGGGCCACUAGACGGCCGCGCCAGCAACCCCACCAGCGCCGGCUCCCAGUUCAGCGCCCUCUCCUUCGCCAGCCAAUACGGUAUAGGGUCCACAAGACAGACCGGGGAUCCGGUGUCGGCUGUCGGAUCGCUCUAUUCGAACGCGAGCGAGAGCGUGGACGGGGAGGGCAGCUUGCACGGGCUAGAAAGCUUCGACAAGCUGACUCUGGAGAAGGCGAGGUCAGCCGAUGUGGAAGAUCUGGACGACGAGGGCUGGCGGAUCGUGAGUAUGGAGAAGCGGAUCAUCGAGCUCGGAACGCUGGGUGAAGGAGCCGGCGGUGCUGUGACAAAAUGCAAGUUGCAGGGCGGCAACACCUUGUUUGCGCUCAAGGUCAUCACAACAAACCCUGAUCCCGAUGCGAAGCGGCAGAUCAUUCGCGAGCUGGGCUUCAACAAGGGAUGUGCUUCACAACACAUUUGCCGCUACUACGGCGCAUUCGUCGACCCAGCCACAGCCACCAUUUCCAUCGCCAUGGAGUUCUGUGAGGGCGGGUCGCUCGACAGCAUCUACAAGGAGGUCAAGCGCCUCGGCGGACGGACGGGCGAAAAGGUUUUGGGCAAGAUUGCCGAAGGCGUCUUGCAGGGCUUGACCUAUCUGCACUCCAAGAAGAUCAUUCACCGCGACAUCAAGCCGAGCAACAUUCUGCUCUGCCGUAACGGCGAUGUCAAACUCUGCGACUUUGGCGUGUCUGGCGAGUUCGGCACCAAGGGUGACGCUAGCACCUUCAUCGGCACCAGCUAUUACAUGGCACCAGAGCGCAUCACCGGCCAGUCGUACACCAUCACGUCCGACGUGUGGUCUACCGGCAUCACGCUGCUCGAGGUCGCCCAGCACCGCUUCCCCUUCCCGGUCGACGGCACCGAGAUGCAGCCACGCGCUAGCCCGCUAGAUUUGCUGACGUACAUCGUCAAGCACCCCACGCCCAAGCUCAAGGACGAGCCCGAAGCCAACAUCUACUGGAGCGGCAACUUCAAAUACUUCAUCGACUGCUGUCUUGAAAAGGAGCCCGCUCGCCGAGCCACCCCCUGGCGCAUGCUGGAACAUCCCUGGAUGAAGGAGAUGGCCACCAAGCGCGUCAACAUGCGCCGUUACCUCUCGCAGGUCUGGGGCUGGGACGAGCAGGAAACCCAGGCACAAUCGCAGGCAUAGGAGCCUGGCUGUGGCCGCGUUCGCCCCGGGCAUGACCUGAACGCCAGUACAGCCCCGGAGAGAGGGGGAUCGGAGAGCGGCGGAGAAGAUGGCGUUCAUUCCUUCCCAGCCAACCCCGGAGAACAGGCGUUAUCGACUUCCCAAGAAUUAUCGCCAGGUGGCGGAAAUGAGUUGAUAGAUUUGUCCUCCGUCGCAGGC